UUAACGCCCCUUUAUUUCUUGCACUGGGUAUGACAACAUAUUAGUAUCCAAAUCUAGAUCACGAUUCGUCGAGAUCUCACUACUCGUCUUGUGUGGUGCACGUAUGCGUUUUGGAUGCCAAUAAUUGGAACAUCACUGCCAAUAUAAUACCUCCAAUAAUACUGUAAGACUUUUUAAAACAUAUAUUUAUAUAAAAAUGUCUUUUGUCGACGGAGAAGCUGUCAAAGAAGGAUACGAAAAAGUAAGGCGCGAUGAUAAAAAGGAGACUUGGAUGUUGUUGAAGUAUGAAGAGAAGCAGAUAGUCCUAUGUGGUACCGGUAUUGGCUACGAUGAAUUCCUUGAACAACUUGGAGAUGAUGAUAGGGCGUAUGGAUACAUUCGAGUAGAGACAGGCGACGAGAUGAGUAAACGAGCCAAGUUUGUUUUCGUCACGUGGAUAGGACCAAAUGUAGGGGCACUAAACAGAGCAAAAGUUAGCACAGAUAAAGGCUCCGUCAAAAGAAUUAUAAGUGAUUUUGCCAUAGAGGUGCUCGCUGAUGAAAAAGCUGAACUGAAAUUAGACAGCAUACGCUCAAAAGUGAUAGCAGCAGGAGGAGCGAAUUACGGGACCGGAAAGUGAGAUUAAUUAAACAUAGUUACUGUAGUUAAUGUAUGUAUAUCACCUUAUUUUCUUUGGUACAGCAGCUCCUUGGUUGGAUUAAAAUUGACAUUGUUUCAUUUAGGACUUGUUUCGCAAUAUCACGUGUAUUUAUUUCACAUAACUGAAGACAACCCAGUUAGCUUAGUACAGCUAUAGAUAGGCCUAUUCCAGAGUGAGGACAUUAUUUAUACACGUUCAAAUGUAUAUAUAUAUCAGUCAUUCGUAUACUUUUUAUGCAAAUAUUUCUGUAUCGGAAUAGAACGCAAUCAUGAUAAUAUAUUCUGUAAUUGUUUCAGAUGCAUGAGUCAUGUUAUGAUAUUCAAAUCUGGCAUCAUUCCGGUUGAAUACUGUUCUACACGUCACAAAACAAAUUCAUAAGGAUCCGAUUGACCGGGGGCUGAAAUCAGUUUACGAUCAAAUUUUCAAUAGAUUAUUUUCAUUUUCCCCCAUAUUCUGAUCAGGACCAGGGGCCGCGGAACGGUUUUGAAAGUUGGGGGGGGGGGGCUGAGCCCAAAGUGAGGGGGGCUGACAAUUCCAUUAGAUGGUCAUUGGACGUUUUUACACACGGUUCCACGGCCCCUUAGAAUGUAUGGAAUCAGACAAGAAUGAAUAGAAUAUUGAACACAAUUUUACUAAAUAUCUAUUUGGAUCCCAAUAAAAUUUGUUUAUUAAUGUAUACUUUUGACGAAAAUCAUCUGUACUAUUUAUAUAUACACUGGCCUGGACUACUUCAGUACUGUAUUAAUGACGUUUCUGUUGAUAGAGGUGAUAGCUGAUCAACAUAAUUUUUUUCAUAUUCAAGGGGAAAGAAUAAAUGACAUAUUACGUAAUGUGUAUACACAAUGAAAAUAGUCAGGUAUUGAAUGAAUUGACUUAUUGAGUAUGUAGCGAUUUUUUUUAUACUAGUCACCAAAUGAUUAUCUCUGUCUGAGCUAGUUUGAAGAAAAAAAACCCACCAACUAUACUGUAUCCAUAUAUGUAGGUCGUUCUAAAGAUAUCUCGCACAAUUUCACAUUUGUGUAUAUCUUGUUUGCUAUAAACAUUUUUUGUAUGUCUCCACCACACCAAUUUAUGUUUUGUUUUUAUCAUGUGUGCUUUUUUGGACGAUAUCAGAUUAAUUCCAUUGUUGAUUCUGUAACAUGUACUUACUGUAGUCUGCCAGCACUGGCUUGAAUUUCACACUUUUAACAUACAUGUAUCAUAUACUAUGUCUGGAGUAAAGGUUACACUUCGAACUCUCUGUCCUGUGGUAGAAACAGCCACAUAUCUAGUCUUAUUACUCUGCAUCAUGCACUUUAAGAAAAAAAAAACAAUGGUAUGUUUGUGUAUACUUGCAGGGGCGUCGACACGUUAUUUUCAUGGGGGGGGGGUGGGAAAUGAUCUUUAUAUCAUAUGUAUAUGAAAUCCCUUUCUUGGUGAUAUUAUGACAAUAUUUUCAUAGCUCCUCCGUGUAUGUUGUCCUCUUAAUUGAUACUUUAUUGAGCCAGUCACCCACUUUUAAUCUACACCCGCCCCGUUUUUGGUUUGUAUAUGAGCGUUACUGAAAGUAUGCAUUGGUAAUACUAAUUUGUUAUUUUCGUGCGCACUCUCAAACGAUUGUUUUUUUUAAGAUUGUAAAGUACACUCUUUGAAAGAUGUACACAUUUUUACUCAUUCUUAGAGACAUUAUAUAUUCUUAGAGUAUAUAUUAUUUAUGGCAUUUUAUAGACUUGUCGCAUAGUACCCGAUUUUGUAUAAAUAAGGAGGGAUAGUGUGAUUAUUGUCUUGUAUCGAAUGUAGAUUUAUUUUAUGGUGCUCUAUAGAACGAUGCCCUAUUAUAGAGUUAUUAUUUGGGGUUUAUUGUGAUCAUUUCAUUUAUCAUAUAUGCGUGAAAUAUACACAAUAUUCACUCCAUCGGUCUUUGGUUAUCAUUUCAACUUGUUGGACAGAUAUUUUGCUCCACUCUGAGUCGUUUAAUAAUUCACAUUGUCUUUUUAAAUGUAGAACUGAUUCUUGUAUUGCUUGGUCUUCACGUGUAACUUUUGUCAAAGAUUGAUAUUAAUAUUUGAACAAGUGAGCAUUCCAUUUCAGUAAUUAAUUAGAGAAACCAAUAAAAAUGUAUGGUACUGGUGAUGUUUUACUGAAAGAAACAAAUUGUGUUGAACACGGGGUGAGAAAAUGUAGGGUCGUAUUUUGCACACACAAAAAAAAUCAGGAGAGUACAAAUUAUAAUUGUACUAGAUUAGGCAUGUUUGAAUUGGUCAUUAUUUAAGCAAUCAAUCAUAACGAUUGUUCUUAUGAUUAGUCACAUAGUUGAGUGUUACAGGUCCACUCUUCCACGCUAUACGCUGAAAAAUAUUUCAAUUAUUACAAGAUGUGACGUACAAGAUUCAAAUGCGAUGAUUAAUUUCGGAAUUUAAUCGAUCGUUGCCCCUCUUCAUCUGCAAUUUUUUCUUUAAAAAACUAAUUUCUAAGAAAGAAUUUUUCAUUGAUUUAUAUAAUAUAUGUAUUUAAUGACUUUCUUUUAUUGAUUGUAGCACAUAAUUUUGACAUUCAUGGUGUCAGUAAUAAAAAUUUCUUGAUAGAUUUUGUAGUAUUUAACAAAAUUUGGCAGAUGAUGUAAUAGUGACAAUGUUUUGGAAUAUUAUUUGAAAAUAAUGUUGAUAAUAAAAAUUCUAUGAUGUUCAAAGAAAA